AUGUUAUUCGGAGUACCGUUGUCUCUUUUGGGACAUGAUGAUGGGACAUCUCCUCCAGGAGGAACACCGGUUUUGAAGCAAAAGUUCACCUUUCCAUCCAAGACUUUCAAACAAAGUCUUUUAUCAAUAGACGAAUACUUUUAUCUCACUGCGCCUAAGGUUGGAACAUUCGCGGCAUUCGACGACUUCGAAUGCAUCUUUUCAUGCCUGAGGAAUCCUUCAUGCUGGUCGAUAAACUUGGCGGUGGCAAAGAAACGCGAUGCAAAGAUUUGGUGUGAGUUGCUGUCUUCUCAUAAGCAUAGAUUUCCUGAGGAAUUCAGAGAAAAUAGCACUUCGCAUCACAUUUCCAUUAUGUCUCCAUGUUUUUCCUCCCCAUGCCAUAACGGUGGUAGCUGUGUGACAAGCCACAGAGAUCACUCGUUUGAAUGUGUAUGUAAAAAUAGCUUUUUCGGAGAAUAUUGUGAGAAAGGGCUCAAAGGUUUGCUGAGAGCCUUCGGAUGA